UGACGCCCCGCGACCGCGGCGACCGCACGCUCGGCGUGCUUACUCAGAAGUUCGUCAUGCUGCUGCUCGUCAGCGACCGGCCGUGGCUGAGUCAGGACGUGCUGGCGCGGGUGCUGCUGGGCCAGGACGGCCUGUCGCCGGACGGCCAGCACAAGGCGAAGGUCCGCCGGCUCUACGAUAUCGCCAACAUCCUGCAGAGCGUCGGCCUGGUGGGCAAGGAGACGAGCGGCGCCUGCCGGCGGCCGCUCUUCGCCUACACGGGCGCGCACGUCGACCCGAUCCCGGUGGAGCCCGACAUGCAGCGGUCCCGGCAUUCGCUCAUUCCCACGACACCACUGCUGCGGAGGCCGGCCGGUCUGGCAGCGCCGCGCUCCGCAGGCGCCAAAGCAGUCUCGUCCGGCACUAUAAAGACGGUGUGCAACAUGUCGUUGACGCCAGAACUGGCGACGCCGAGCGAGCCGGAGCCAACCGGACGGGCCCGCGGUCGACCUGCGUCCCGCGCCAGCCGCCGGCUCCAGAUGGAGUGAGCUCAGGGGCGGGCUGGGCCGGCCACCGGCUCCAGCUCCAGAUGGAGUGAGCUCAGGGGCGGGCUGGGCCGGCUGCCAGCUCCAGAUGGAGUGAGCUCAAGGGCGGGCUGGGCCGGCUGCCAGCUCCAGAUGGAGUGAGCUCAGGGGCGAGCUGGGCCGGCCGCCAGCUCCAGAUGGAGUGAGCUCAGGGCCGGGCCGGGCCGGCCG